CUACAAUUCCCGUCGAGCCAUGGGUCUUGACGAGAUUACCUCCCUGAUUUCGGCUUCCCGCCCCAGCCAUUGUCGCUGGAGAGCGGAGAGCAGGAGGGAAUGAGUGAGCCGGAGGACUGUGACAACCAGACGUGCUCCGGGUGUCCCAGUGUAGAACAGAUGCUGGCGUCGAGUCCCGGGAAGACCCCUAUCAGCUUGCUUCAAGAGUAUGGGACUCGGGUAGGAAAGACCCCCGUGUAUGACCUGCUCAAAGCUGAGGGACAAGCACAUCAACCCAACUUUACCUUCCGUGUAUCUGUUGGAGACAUCAACUGCACUGGUCAAGGACCCAGCAAGAAGGCAGCCAAGCACAAAGCAGCAGAAGUGGCUCUCUCUCUUCUCAAGGCUUCUGAUAUGUUCGAGAUUUGUGAAGAUAACAGUGAGGUGUUUUCAGAGGAACCACCGGCAGAACCACGGAUAAAACCAGACCCGUCUCCACCUCCUCCACCCACCAGAAAUCACACCAUUGACAUGAAGCCCCCUCUAUCUGCACAGCAGUCGGAAUGUAACCCUGUGGGGGCGCUGCAGGAGUUAGUGGUGCAGAAAGGUUGGAGACUUCCUGAAUAUACAGUAACACAAGAGUCUGGGCCAGCACACCGGAAGGAGUUCACCAUGACCUGCCGUGUGGAAAGGUUUCUGGAGAUUGGUAGUGGCACAUCCAAGAAGCUUGCUAAGAGGAAUGCUGCUGCCAAAAUGCUUCUUCAGAUCCACCGAGUACCCUCAGAACACCGGGAGAGUGGAGAGCCGGAGCCUGAAGAAGAUCAGUUCUCUAUGUGUACAGGAGGGGGAAAGAUGGAUGGGGGCAGAGGGCGAGGUGUGGCGUGUACCUGGGACUCCCUCCGUAAUUCUGCUGGAGAGAAGAUCCUACAUCUAAGGAGUCAUCCUCUAACCAUCCUGAGCUCGGGUUUCUGCAGUCUUCUCCAGGACCUGUCUGAGGAGCAGAGCUUUCAGAUCAGUUAUCUUGAUAUUGAUGAAUGCAGUUUAAGUGGCCUGUACCAAUGUCUUGUGGAACUCUCCACCCAACCCACCACUGUAUGCCAUGGCUCUGCCACAACCAGAGAAGCUGCACGUGCAAAUGCAGCCCACAAUGCCCUGCAGUAUCUGAAAAUCAUGGCUGGGGGCAAGUAAUUAUGGUGGGGGAGCACAUGCUCCCCCAACAAGAAUAAAAUCACACAACCAGUUUACCUUAUGUCUGUCAAGGACUCAAGACUUCAGGAGCCUAAAUUAUACAGUCACGCAAAUACUGCGAUGGACGCCAUUCAGUUGGGAAUACCGCUGGUUUCCAAAUGAAGAUACAUCCGCUCUUCAUUUAUGGUUCUUAUUUCGGUUGGGACUGAUGAAAUCCAAAUUAUUUUUUUCAUGUGCUUUG